GGUCCGGGUAUAUAUCAUCCCUAUGAUAGUGGGCACAUAGCAAUGACUUACACAGGUUUGUCAUGUCUGCUUAUUCUUGGAGAUGAUUUAAGUAGAGUAAAUAAAGAGGCCAUACUGGCAGGACUGAGAGCUCUCCAGCUGGAGGAUGGAAGUUUCUGUGCAGUGCUGGAAGGCAGUGAGAAUGAUAUGAGGUUUGUGUACUGUGCUUCCUGCAUCUCCUACAUGCUCAAUAACUGGUCAGGCAUGGAUAUGAAAAAAGCAAUAGACUACAUUAGAAGUAGUAUGUCUUACGAUAACGGCCUGGCACAAGGAGCUGGACUGGAAUCUCAUGGUGGCUCUACGUUUUGUGGUAUUGCAUCGCUGUCUUUAAUGGGUAAACUGGAAGAGGCUUUUUCAGAAGUAGAACUGAACCGAAUAAGAAGGUGGUGUAUAAUGAGGCAACAGAAUGGCUACCAUGGACGACCCAACAAACCUGUAGACACUUGCUAUUCAUUUUGGGUGGGAGCAACAUUGAAGCUCUUGAACAUAUUCCAAUACACAAACUUUGAGAAAAACCGAAAUUACAUACUGUCAACCCAAGAUCGCCUUGUUGGUGGAUUUGCCAAGUGGCCAGACAGCCAUCCAGAUGCUUUACACGCCUACUUCGGGAUCUGCGGUUUGUCGCUGAUCGGAGAAUCUGGUAUUUGCCAAGUUCAUCCCGCCCUGAAUAUAAGCACAAGAACCUCAGAGCGCCUUCAUCACCUUCAUCAGAUCUGGAAAACAAGGACUCUAAGCAGUGUUGAGACGACACACACCUCUCCACGUGACUGA